AAGUGGCCGAGAUUAGAGCCCGCGGGCCGCGCCGCGAACAACCCAAUGCGCUGCGCCUAAGCGUGUUUUAUUCCCCCUAUCGACCCGUCCGGCCUCACCAUUCACCUCCGCGUGUACAAAGAGGCGCUGGCGGCCGGCAUGGAGCCGCUGAGCGAGGGCCUGUGCCUCUCCGAGCUGGAGCUGCACGGCGGGCACCUGCACGAGUCGGUGGCGGCGUCCGUGGGCUCGGCCAUCUCGAGUCUCAUGGCGCCGCUGCACCACGAGCCACACACGCCGCUGCAUGCUCACGCGCCGCCGCUACAUCAUGAGCCGCUGGAAAAGCUUAAACUAUGGGCGGAAACAGGCGAGUUUCGGGACAGCGGGCACUCGUCGCUAACGUCGGGUGGCUCGGGCGUAGAGCAGUCGCUGUACGCGCCGCCGCGCCCGCGCCGCGACCGCAAGCACAACGACGACAACCGGCCACUCACAGAAGCAACCAUCAAAACGGAGUCAACGACCCCUGGCGUCGGCGGCGACGAAGGGCUCGACGACAAGGGCGACAAGAAGAACAAGCGGCAGCGGCGCCAGCGCACGCACUUCACCAGCCAGCAGCUGCAGGAGCUAGAGGCCACCUUCGCGAGGAACCGGUACCCUGACAUGUCCACGAGGGAGGAGAUCGCCAUGUGGACCAACCUUACGGAGGCGAGAGUUAGGGUAUGGUUUAAAAACCGAAGAGCGAAAUGGCGAAAGAGGGAACGCAACGCCAUGAACGCGGCUGCUGCCGCCGCCGCCGACUUCAAAAACGGUUUCACCACUCAGUUCAACGGGCUUAUGCAGCCCUUCCCCGACACUGACAUCUACUCUUCCUACCCGUACAACAACUGGGCCGCGAAAGUACCCAGUCCGCUAGGAACGAAAAGCUUUCCCUGGCCAGUAAACCCUCUGGGUUCCGUGGUUCCGGCCAGCCAUCACCAAGGGUCCGUCAACUGCUUCAACACGGCAACGUCCAUGGGCGCCGUCGGCGGCAGCAGCAUGGCGGUAGCAGGCUCGGCAGGCGUCGGCGCGGGUGUCGCACCUUGCCCCUACACCGCUCCCCCCAACCCGUACACGAUGUACCGGACGGAACCGUGUCCGGCGAUGUCGUCGUCGAUAGCACAGCUGCGGUUGAAAGCGAAGCAGCACUCUACAGGGUUCGGUGGCGGGUACGGAACAGUGUCGCCGGUGUCGCGGGCCGGGUCGGCGCCGCUGUCGGCGUGCCAGUACGCGACGGGCGGGAUGGGCGUGAGCGACCGCGUGCUCUGAGACGAGGCGCGCGGCCGCGACGACGCGCGUUCGCCGCUGCUGACCGCCGCGCGCGCCUCCUAGUCGUCGCCCGCGCCCGACGCCUCUGCACCUCUUGGACUUUAUAGGCAUCUGUGGGACUGGUUCGAUUGAUUCUGUGCACGAAAACAAGCGUGGCGUUUAUACUGUGAGCGUUCAUAUGUGGAGCAAUUACAACAUAUAAAAAGCAGCAAGCGUUUAUAAUCUGGAUAAUAAAGUACAUAGUGACUUACCUCCCCAAUUUUGAAUCAUCAAUAAUUAUUUCCUGUUUACAUUUAAAAUUACACUUAUACCGUAGUCAGAUGAAAGCUAAACUAAUUCCGGCAGAUUAGUAUGAGCGUUUUGUUCGCUUUGAAGUUGUAUUAAAGCUGCAGGUAUUAACAGUCAGCAGAUAAACUUAACGUACGCAUUACGGUUGUAUCGAGCGUGUCGUGCUCGUUUCUACCGCGUGGGACAUAUUCGCGAAAACCUGGCUGCCAUACUGACUGGUGCGAUAUAGCUAUUUGCAAAUUGGUAUAAUGUAUAUACAGUUUUUAAUGUAAAUUAUAGUGCUAAACGCACUCAAAUCGUAGUCAUGAGAAGUUUUUUAUUAUUCGAACACAAAAGAAAAAUUUCAUUAAUGAUCAUGAGCACCAUCUUUUCGUGAACAUGUCCCGGGUUACGCUGUGUGAGUGUUAAAUUUCUCGUGAACAAAGUUCCGUUAGAAACUUCGGGCAAUAAAAACCUAACGAUUCUUGUAGGAUAUUAAUACGUUCCCUGUAAAUAUGUAGUUAUGUACUUACGUAUACCAAAGCGAUGUGUGCAAUUUUAUAAGCUUAAAAUGUAUGUACUUAGACUUUAAAAUUAAUUUAAGGAUGUAGUUUAGAAUGUAAAUAUAAUGAAUGAGUAUUAAUUGAGUUACAUAUCGAAAUAACAUUGUAAAGCGACAUUUUAUAGAAAAGCUUAAUCACGUCAUUAAACUGAUUUAUGUCCUAAUUUUUCCUAUAAAUAGCCAAUAAAUGCAUUUAAAUUUUAAACUAAAAAAGUCCACGAAAGGGUAUAAGUAGUAUACUAUACAUGGACUUAAACAAAGUUGUUACUUACUUAUAUUUGUUUAAAAAAGAGUUUUUUGAACUGAGCAUUUUUGAAGUGUUGCUAAAUGAAUUGUCAGUUGUUGUAAUUUAUUUAAGUCACAAAAGCAGUAACAGUUUUAAUACUUAUAUGUUUGGUGGAAAACUGUAAAUGUAAAUGAAUAUUUUUCCGUUUCAAGGUUAGGUACACAACAAACUGUUAUUUUUGCAAUGUAAGCAACAAGCUGUUAUUAUAAUUUCCGAACUUACAUUUAUUUUAUAACACUGUAUUGAUUUUGUAAAUUGUAUACAUGCAAAUCAUGUGGCAAGGACGUUCAAGUGACAUGACAAGAAUUCACUUACACCAAAAAGCCAUCAUCGAUGGUAGACGGUCUUUAAAAAUAAUUAUUUCUCGCACGGGAUGUCGAAAUAAAAACAAAUCAAUAUCAAUUGUAAAUGGAAUGCAACAUUUUAAUUUAACAGAUGUCAAACCAUGUCCAUAAUCGUUUCAAAGAAAAGUCAAGUCGUCACCUGGAGAGCAAGUCAAGUCGUAAUCUAGCAUGUACUAGAUAUCAUGUCAUUGGCGCGAGAUAGACUAACCGUCCUUAUGUCAUUAAUACAAUUAGAAAAAGAUGUGUGAUCUAUGUCGUGGCCAGAUCCAGAUACUGUCACACCAAUCACGUGCUAGCCCUGCUGGGGCCAGGCAGGCAAUUAUGGUAGCGCGAUAAAUGAUAAAACAUCUGGCCGUCCCUAUCGAUACAGUGCGAUAGGGACGGCCUAAUAUUUUAUCGUCUAUCGUGCGACCAUGCUACCCGUGCAGCACACAACGAUGCUACGCCGUAGGUUCGUAGCAGUCGUAGCAUUAUGGAAACGUAGCUGCAAGUCCGGCAUAGCACCUGGCUACAGGCUCAAAUUAAAAAAAAAUCGUUAACACGAUGUUGACUAUAAAUAAAGUGGCUUAUAUUUGUUUUCAAUAUGUAUUUGUUAUAACAAUUUGUACCUGCUGGACAAACUCAGGGAAAGAGCAAAGGGCUUAGUAAGGAUGGCAAUCGUUUACGCCAUUGCGAACGAAACAGUAAUUUCUCGCUGUCUCCCCUCCAUAUUAAUUCCACGUAGAGGCAUCAUUGGUAACGAAUUACAUCUUCAAUGGACCCUCUGUUAAGAAAUGAUGCAACGUCUAUAUUUAUUAUUUUUAUGAUAAGAUUGGCUUGCCGCGCAAGCAGGCAUCUCGAGCGUGCAAUCAAUAUUCACAAGCGACAUAUAAUUGAUAUAUUUACCUAUAUUAAGUGCAAGUGUCAUGUCGAUAUCGACACUGUACAUAAUUAAUUCAAGGGAAAUAUGAAAUCUAGCUUUUAUUAUUUAUUGCACCCUUGCCAAUCAAUAAACAUUAAACUUACCUCAAUAGUAUUUGAACGAAAGAAGCUUUACUAUUUAAACUUUCCUAAGAUAUUGGCAACCUGAAAUGAGAUUAAUGUAACCAGGAUCUCAUUAAUUUAAAUAAAUAUUUAUUAAACGCCGAACAGGAACUGUAUAUAACUGUAAUAAAUUAGUAUUUUACAUUAGUGCUACUCUUAGUUAACUACACGAACUAGAUACCUUCCGUGUGCCUAUCAGUAAAAGUGAUGUAAAUAAAUUAAAAUGAUAGUGUAAAGGAUUAAAUUCGAGGUUUUCAUUUUAAUACAUAUCAGAAAAAUAUCAGCGAACUAGCCAGUAAUUUGAAUUAUUUUGUAAAAUUACUUAAGAGAUCCGAUUGUUUUGUAACUUCAAAAACCUCUAGUCAUAAUAAAAAAAUAUUACCGAUUA